AUGCUUUAAUUAUAAUAAUAUUAUAACGUGACAGAUCCAUCCGAACGGAAGCAUAAACUACAAAGUGGCUUUGUCAGAGUCGCCUUGGCGCACCCAGUUGUGUUCCAUAACUUCUUCAUCAGAAGCUCUCAGUGGUCUGAUGGUUAAUUCCUCCAUGUGAGCCUUAAUCUCUUGCGCUGCUCGUCCCUAAUUGCUAUCGUGUAUGCCGCCAUUUCUCUGCGCACCGUAGCCGGUGAAAUUGGAGUUAUGACGUCAUUUCCCGGGAGGAUGGCUGCUGUUGCCGGCGGUGCUGCCUCGUCAAGCGGUCAUGUCCGGCUCCUGCAGUCGAUGAGGCUUGCUGGUGGUUGUGACGUUCAGUUUAGUUAUGCAGUUCAGCGUUCUGGAAUCGUGUUGCGAUCUUCGCGGAGGCGUUCGAGAAUUUGGAUGGUGGAGGCGUCGGGGCCAGCUGGCGGGUGGGAGAGAUCUGAUGACUUCAGGGAGCGUGAAAAGGCGAGACCCUGCGGGUACGCGAUUGGAGAUGUUGCGGCGGACGGCGGGGGUGACGGUGAUGGGAUUGUAGCGGUGGUAAACGACCGGAGAAGGGUGAAUCGAACUGCUCAGGUGGUGUUCGCCGCCGUGAUGACGGUGGUGAUGGGAGUCGGAAACAGGGUGCUGUAUAAGCUCGCUUUGGUACCCCUCAAACACUAUCCUUUCUUCCUUGCUCAGCUUGCCACGGUCGGAUACCUAGUUGUGUACUUCUCUAUUUUGUAUUUUCGGUACCGUGCGGGCAUUGUUACUGAUGAAAUGUUAUCUACGCCAAAAGCACCAUUUAUUGCUGUUGGUCUCUUGGAGGCUCUAGGUGCUGCCGCAGGAAUGGCAGCAGGAACAAUUCUCUCUGGAGCUUCAAUUCCAAUUUUAUCUCAGAGCUUUCUUGUAUGGCAAAUUCUUCUGUCUAAAAUUUUUCUCGGAAGAAGAUAUAGAGUCAACCAACUACUUGGAUGCUUUCUUGUAGCUGUUGGUGUAAUCAUUUCUGUGGCAAGUGGCUCGGGUGCCGGAAAUUCAUUGAAGGAAGGUGGUAUAUUCUGGAGUGCUUUGAUGAUACUUUCAUUUCUAUUCCAAGCGGCAGAUACUGUCCUGAAGGAAGUUAUCUUUCGGGAUGCGGCCCAGAAACUGAAGGGACGUUCCUUGGAUCUGUUUGUUGUCAGUUCUUUUGGAUCAGUGUUCCAAACACUGUUUUUAUGCCUUCUCCUGCCCUUCUUGUCAAAAUUAUGGGGUGUUCCCUUCAAUCAACUACCAAACUACCUUAGAGAUGGGGCAGCCUGCUUUCUGAAUGUUGGUACAUUAACGGAAGGAUGUGAUGGUGCCCCAUUGCUUCCCUUGCUGUUCAUUAUUGCUAACAUUGGUUUCAAUAUCUCAUUGCUUCAUCUUCUCAAGAUCUCGUCGGCUGUGGUAUCUUGUCUUGCCGCCACCCUUUGCGUUCCGAUAUCUAUCUACAUCUUCACUCUGCCAUUGCCAUACAUUGGCGGUGCCUCCUCUCUCCCAGCAGGCUUCAUUGCAGGUGCCGUCAUUCUGGUCCUGGGCUUGCUGAUUUAUGCUUGGAUCCCUCCCAAUGGUUCCUCUUCUCCCACCGAAUCAGAUUCCACCUCGAGCUAAACAUGGUACAAGAAU